CAGCCACGAUCGGGAUUGAGUAAUCGAUACUUGUCCAGCUCUAACCACUAUCCUUACAGCUGUGGCUUCCUCUUCCCACUUCCAGAUCACCAGCACGAUUUUAAAAAGUGUUCAGUUAUCGUGAAUUAAAAUUUUUCUAUCAAAAGUCUCUCGUUUGGACAAAAUGAUAACUUUUAAGUUCCCAUUGGGACUGUCCCUGGAGUGCUAUGUGUGCGCCAAGAAUAAGGCUCACGCUUUGCAAUCAAUUCGAUCUGCCGCCAAAAACUCGACAUCGGUUGAAAAUAAGAAACUGUUGGAAAAAGAAUUUGUGACUCCAGAAGUAGUUUGCAAGAGUUGCAAGGUGCAGCGAUAUUGCAGCAUGGACCAUCUCUUGGAGGAUCGCCCGGAACAUGUUGAGCUCUGCCGGGUAUUGAGCCAUCUUCUAAGCUCUCAAAAGCUAAAGCAUCCGCUACUGCAUCGAGGCAACAUCUCGAGCCCGGAGCACUUACAGUUGGUCAUCUCCCAGCUGAAGCUCAUACUGCGCGUCAAACUUCAACGUCCUCUUACUCCGCGGGAGCAUCACGUCAUUAGCAAUCCAGCCAUAUGCGAAGUGUGCUUUAAAACCGAAGCACUUCUAAAAGUCUGUAAGGAUUGUGCAGGAGUGGCCUAUUGUUGCGAGGACCACUGUUACCAGGACGCAAAAAAGCAUACUCCGAAAGAGUGCCGAACUCUAGCUAUGAUCUCCAGUCCAUUCCGUCAACUCGACUGUACAUUAAACCUAAGAAGCUUCCACCAGAGCGUUGACAUGAGGCAGAGUCACCUGAUUGAUGCCUUCUUCAAAGCCACGACUCUGAAGAUUGAUAAUAAUCCCCAGAACAUCGCGGUUUGCUCCUCCUUCAGCGGAAUCGCCAGCGCGUGCCUGGCUUUAACGAAUAUUUCCUGGGUCUCAGAUCAGUACAGCGCUGUCAUUGUUUACGUGGUGGCCGCCACUGAGGAGCACUUACUUUACUUUCAGGAGAUGCACCUAAGAUUCUUCUUUCUGCAGUACCAAAGCAUCCAAAAUUUGGACUUGUACUUCAUUGGACCUAAACUUCUACCCAGAGAGUCACCCAACAAAAAAGUCUUUCGAUUUCGGGGUCUAGUUCGAACCGUUGUAAAGCAUUACUUUUCGGAGACCUUUACUGCAUUCUCGAAAAGUAUGAAAGUAGAUCCGACAGUGAUCCUCUUGCUGGAACCCGAUUUUAUCAAUAUGGACACGGCAACGGAGCAACUAGUCAACCAAUUGCCAGGAAAAAGAAACGGAGGCGUAUCGGAAUUCAAUUGGGAGAACUGUCUGGGAACUAUUCUUCGGACCUACGGCGUUCCCAUUUGCUACACGUCGGCCACAAGAUUUCAGGCCAUGGCCGACUUUACUGCCUUUGACUCGAUGGCCUUAUUUCAUAACAUAGCUAUAGAACGAGUGUACAACAUAACCGAGAAUCCUUAUCGGGAAAUAUUACCCCUGUACAAUUUUUCUGACUGGCACAAUGAAAGGAUUAUCUAUGCCAACAACUACCUCGAGGUACUCUUCACGAGUAAAAACAGGAUAUAGGAUUUGUUUUAGUCAAACUACAUUCCAGGAGAAUUAUGGACAAGUUUCGUAGUAUUAUGAAUGAAUAAUAUUUCGUUUCGAACGUGAUUUGAAAUCUCUCGCACUUUAAUUUAAACAUUUUUGGUAAUUGUUUAAGAAUAAAUUGUUUACCUAUUUCAUA